ACAUCACUGGCUCUUCCCUUGUCCAUUGAUGUAGUGAGAGCAUCAUAAAAGACCACUAGGUUGGUCAAGCAGGAUUUGCCCUUGGUGAAGCCAUGCUGGUUCUCCUGUAUCAGCUCCCUGUCUUCCACAUACCUUAGCAUAGCUUCCAGGAGGAUCUGCUCCUUGAUCUUCCCUGGCACAGAGGUGAGACUGAUAGGAUGGUAGUUCUCGCAAUCAUCCUUUUUACCCAUCUUAAAAAUGGGUGUGAUGUUACCUUUUUUCCAGUUGCCAGGGACUUCAUCUGAUUGCCACGUCCUUUCAAAUAUCACAGAGAUGGGCUUGGCAACUACUUCAGCCAAUUCUCUCAGGACUUUGGGAUGCAUCUCAUUGGGACCCAUGGACUUGCGGAUGUUCAGGUUCCUCAGGUGGUCACAAACUUGAUCUUUGCUUACAGUGGGAGGGACGUUGCUUCCCCAAUCCUCUCCUACCAAACCAAAUGUCUGAGGGCUGUGUGACGAGCAGUUAUCAGGGAACACUGAGACAACAAUGUUGUUAAGGACCUCAGCCUUCUUGUCUGUUAUUACCAGCCUGCUUGUGUCACUCACUGGGGGGGUACAGCCUCCUGGACUUUCCUUUUCUGGUUGAGGUACCUGUAGAAGCCUUUCUUGUUCUUGGCAUCCCUUGCCAAGUUCACUUCAAGCUGGGCCUUGGCUUUCCUGACCUCAUCCCUACAUAGCAUAGCAGCUUCCUUAUACUCUUCCCACAGUACCUGUCCCUGUUUCCACUGCCUGUGCAUUUUCUUGUUGCUCUUCAGUUCAACCAGCAGAUCCCCAUUCAGCCACAUCAGUCUCUUGCCUUCCUUUCCUGACUUGCUACACUUGGGGAUGGAGAGCUCUUGUGCCCUGAAGAAAGCCGCCUUAAAGAUCUGCCAGCUCUGCUCUGCACCCUUGCCCAUGAGGACAGUUUAUCAGGGUGUUUUGUUGACUAACUCCCUGAAGAGCUGGAAGUUAGCUUUCCUAAAGUUUAGCUUCUUAAUUUUACUCUUCACCUGUUUCAUGUCCCUCCAGAGAAUGAAUUCAACCAUAGCAUGGUCACCACAGCCCAGGCAGCCUCCAAUCCUGAUGACACCAAUCAGUUCAUUUACAUUGGUGAGCAGCAGGUCCAGUAUUGAAUCCCCCCUAGUGGGGCCAUCUAUUACUUGGCUCAGGAAGUUAUUCUCAAUGCAUUCCAGGAGCCUCCUGGAUCACCUACAGCUUGCUGUGCUACUUUUCCAGCAGAUGUCUGGUUGGUUCAAGUCCCCCAGCAGGACGAGCACUUGUGAUUGCAACGCCUCCUGUAGUUGCAGUGAUCUUUCGUGUGAUAUUAAUAGAUUUGAGAUAAGUCUUAGUAACAAAACAAAGAAAAGUAAAGAUCCAGAUAUAUUGUUUAUGCGUUGCCAAUUAAGCCGAUUACAGAAAGGACAUGCAACAGAUGAGUGGUUUCAACUCAGUUCCUAUAUACCAUUAAAGGGUAUUGAUCCAGGAUCUUUGCGUGUUCGAGCACGAUAUUCUAUGGAGAAGAUCAUGCCGGAAGAAGAGUAUAGUGAGUUUAAAGAGAUCAUACUUCAGAAAGAGCUUCAUGUAGUCUAUGCUUUAUCACAUGUUUGUGGACAGGAUAGAACACUCUUAGCUGGCAUUUUAUUGAAGAUUUUUCUUCAUGAAAAGCUCGAGUCUCUAUUGUUACGAUCACUAAAUGACAAGGAAAUAAGUAUGGAAGCUGAAGCUACUACUUUGUUUCGUGCCACCACUUUAGCAAGUACACUUAUGGAGCAAUACAUGAAAGCGACAGCAACACAUUUUGUUCACCAUGCACUGAAAGACUGUAUAUUAAAGAUAAUGGAGAGCAAGCAGUCCUGUGAGUUAAAUCCCUCAAAAUUAGAAAAAAACGAAGAUGUGAACACUAAUUUGGCACAUCUACUCAGUAUACUUUCAGAAUUGGUGGAGAAAAUAUUCAUGGCUGCAGAGAUACUGCCACCGUAAGUUUGAGCACUUCUGUUCAAAUUUUUACUUGAAAAUUCCUGUUUGUGGGAGUUAAAAUGCACCAUAAAGUAAUGUUUGUAUUGAUUCAUCUUUUACUAAUUAUUUCUAAGACUAACUACUUUGGGGUUCUUAUGCACAGAGGAAUAUAGACAGGAAAAAAAAAAGCCAACAACUAAACACUUGAAUGAAUUGUGUAUUUGUCAAGAAAAGCUUUUGGCUAGCACACAUGCUUUUCUUUGAGAGAGAAGCUACUAGAUCUGAGGGGUCAGGGAAAGAAGGAAAAAAAAAUCAAUAUAUUAUUUCCAUGAACAGGUAGAGGACAGCACUAGUUAGCAAACAAUUAUAUAUAUUUAAAUUGGUUACCAACUCUUUCCAGUCUUCCUACUCUGUGAAAAAGCUGGAAUUAGUAAUGACACUAAAAAUACAAAUGUGGGUGGUGGUAGAAUGACACCCUGCUGUUGUUACUAAUGUCUUUCACGGAAAUGUGCAGGUUAUUCUUUUUCUUAAAAAAAAUAAAAUAAAAUAACUUGUUUUCAUAGUUUAGACUAAAAUUGUUUAAUAAAAAGUGCAUAGCACUAACAGUUUUCUUUCACUAUAACUAGCUUUUAAUGUAAUCAAAAUGCUGAAUUUUGCAAUGUGUACUGGGUCUGUCUGGGAUGGAGUUUAUUUUCUUC